AUGUUGAAGAAGGCAGAAGGCAAAAAGGAGGAGGUUGUGUCUCUGGAGGCUGAGAAGCAGAGGCUGACUGAGGAGAUGCAGCAGCUGCAGCGGAAGAAGUUUGAUCUGGAGCUGCAAGUGCACAGCCACUCUGUGUUCCAUGACUUUAUGAAACAAGUCGUAGAAAUAUCCCAGUUUGAGGAAGUCCAGGAGCAGGUGGAUCAUUUGGAGAAUCUUCUGCACUUCAGGGAGCAGCUCUCUGAGAAGGACAGUUGUGAUCACGAACGCAUCAACACGCUCAGGACAGAACUCGUGACGUUAAGAGACAACCAUCACCUCAUGAUGGUGCGGGGAAGGAACCAGCUCUCAGAUCUGCAGACUGAGCUGGAGAAAACACGCUCCGAAACCUUCUCAUGGAUCUCGCCAUUGGUGUCCUACUUCGGGGAGGGUCUAGAGAAGCUGAUAGGAAAGACUUAUCAAUCUGAGUUGUUUCUUGACAAAGAGCCAUAG